AUGCCUUUAGCUGCUGGUGCUCAUGUUGUUAAUGGUACUGUUCAGGCUUGCUUGGAUAAAGUUUUUAAUGGAGAUGUUAAGGUAAAGUGAGGAUUUGAUUUUAAAUAUUGUAAAGAAAAUUUUUGCUAUUUUUUGUUUUGUAUAGAAAGUUCAUGCCAUUUUAUGUUUUGUAAAGAAAGUUCUUGCUAUUUAUAGCUUUGUAAAGAAAAUUCUUGCCUUUUUUGUUUUGUAAAAAAAGUUUUUGUCAUUUAAAAAUUUUUUGCAUAUAAAAAAAUUUUGUUUUAAAAAGUGACAUUUUUAAUCAAAAAACCUUUUAGGUACAACACGUAUACAAAGUACAAUGUAACAACAUGUAUACGAAUGAUACCUGUUUAGGUUACAUAGCGCUACACGAGAAACAACGUGCUAUUGUUGUUGGCUUUAGGUAAGUAUUUUUAUAUUUUUUGUUUUGUAAAGAAACUUCUUGCAAUUUUUUGUUUCGUAAAGAAAGUUCUUGCCAUUUUUUUUGUUUUGUAAAGAAAAUUUUUGCAAUUUUUAAUAUUUUUUAAAUAUUUUUUAAUAUUCUUUCAGAGGAACAGUAUCAGAAGAUCAACUGAAGGAAGAGAUAGUGAAGACGAUGUUCCGACCUCAAGUUCAUAUGUUCACGGACAAAGUUCAAAUCUCAGAGUAUUUUGCAACCGCUUUCAACUUAUUCUUGAACACUACCAGUUUGAAAAAAGACUUUUUUGAUUUACGACUGAAACAUUUGGGACAUAAAGUUUGGGUAGGUAUAGAUUUUUUUUUUCAAUUUUUAAAAUUUUGAAAAAAAAAUUUUUUAAAUUUUUUUUUGUAUUUUAACUAUUUUAUGGUAUUAUUUGAUAAGCUCGAGCAUCUAAAACAAUAUCGUCAAAAUGUGUUUUUAUAGCCUAGUGGGUGAGCAUGCACCCUGCAGAGCUAAACCACGGGGGUUCGAGUCCGACUGGGUGCAAUGUUUAUUUUUAGUGUUUUUUGACACGGAAAAUAGUUUUCUUAAAAAAUUAAAAGUAAAAAUGCUGAAGAUAAUGUAUCUUAUCAUAAAAUUUUAUUUUUCAUUCUAUAUUCAAGUUUACUUUGUUUUUUAAAGUUUUUUGAGAAUUUUUUGCUUUAAGAUAACCGGCCAUUCCCUCGGCGGAGCACUAGCUUCAUUAUUCGCAACACACGUGGCUAUGUCAAAACACUUGGUUAAGCCUCAAGUUGUACUCUAUACUUUUGGUCAACCUAGAGUUGGCAACAGAGAUUAUGCAGCGUUACACAAUUACUUUGUAGACGAGUCGUAUAGAGUGAUACAUAAUGCUGAUUUGGUUCCAAACAUACCAUUUCCAAUCAUGAAUUACUAUCAUCAUGACAUUGAGGUUGGUUUUUAAGGUCUUGAGGCUUUAAUAUGAUUUUUUUUUGUAUUUAAAUUUUGUUUAAAUUUAAAAUUGUAGGUAUACUAUAAAAAUGACAUGUCAGUGAAGAAAGCUUAUGGUAUUUGUGCUGGUGAAGAUAACUCAAAGUUAUGCCAAGGUGGUAAUCAACCAGCUCUAGAAAUCAAAGAUCAUCUAAACUACUUUGGUUAUGAUAUCGAAAGUCAUUGUGAAGAAUAG